AUGGAGGUCACCAUCAUCAUACCCCUCGUGUGUGAACUCAUUUCGUCUGGCAAUGGUUACACUUAUCCAGUGUCCUCUAAUAUAUCAUCUGCUGUUCUCCAGGACCUGGACUGUGAGCAAACCUGGUACAGGAAGGCUCCAGGUAACGGAUCAGAGUUGGAGUAUUUGUCAGACGGACAACUUCGUGAGAAUGGAACUAAGCACAAGCUGCUUGUUGAUGCAACCAGAAAAAACAUCACCAUCUCUGAAUGCAUCGAGCUUCACCAUAAUGUGACCUGUCAUGGGUCAGAUCAAAAGUUUCAACAUGUUUACCAAGUAAUCAAGAGCACCACAUCAGCCCCUCCUUAUGAAUCUCCUGUGGCACAAACAGGUUCCAUCACCAUUGCCUGGAUUGUAUCUCUGAUCUUGCUUGUGUUUGUGGUCCUGUUUCUAAUCUGGCGCUUCAGACAAAGAGUUAGAGGCUGGUGGAGAUUGGCACAUUGGCGUAUAUUUAGAAGAGCAGAGAAUGGAAGAUCAAACAACGUCCAAUUGCUCGAGAUUAAAGCGGGUAGCAACAAUGAAACUGGUCUACUGAACUCCUUUAAUGCAAAGGACUAUGUUACAGUGAUGAACGGCUGUGGAAACAAUGGGGUGAAGGACGCAGAAGCUCAACCUGCUGAAGACGAACAAAUUGUUACAGUGGAGGAGCUUCCAGACUGACAGUGGGGAUUACGGUUCAUCUUCAGUGCCUCUGUACUCGCCUUUUCUUUCACUGCACUUUUCUGCACAUUUACGUUCCAUGUAUGAUGUGUGUGUUGUGUUUACUUUUUGCUCUCCUUUCCUUUUGUGCAAUUCUUUACUUUGCCUCUAGGUCGGGAUUAUUGGCUGACUCGGCUGUCAAUCCUUAUCGUGACGUCGUUGUGCCGACUGUAUAUAAGGCCUCGACUUGGUGGCGUGUGAGUUUGCGCCAUUCCAGCGUACUGUGUGUUCCAAUAUUCAGUUGCCCCCCGACUUGUUGUACCAUGACUUCAUGGGUCAUGUGGUGUUGGUGAUUUGAACCACUUCUAGUGUGUUAGUUGCCUAUUGACUGAGUGAAUGCUGUGCUUGAGAUUACGCUGGUGCCCAAGUUAAUGUUUGGCCUUAUUGUGUAUUAAGUUACUGAUAAGAAUGCAUCUACUUAAUCAAUCAAGUCUGUGUGAUAACUCGAGGGUUUAGUCAGGUGUGGAUACAAUACUGUUUUUCUUGAUUCUUGAUCAGAGUAAAAUGUACCUUAUUGGAAAUAGAUGUUAUUUUGGAUAUUUAAAUGAGCGUGGAUGAGCUCAGCCUCACACAGCAGCACUUACAUUUAAAUGUGUUGAACAGUGUUUACUGAUCAAAAUCUGUAAUCAGUACACGAUGGUUGAGUUUUUGCCAAGUUCACCUCAGUGCCAUGUGAGCUCAGGUCUUUUGCUCAUCAUCUUUCAUCUUUGUCAAACCUGAGAUGCAGCACAAGUGAUUUUUUUAAAAGCAAUAAUAUUUUUAGAAAACAUCACUGAUGCUUAAUAAAUGGUGAAAACUGUAUUUUAUGGAAUAUAUAUAUAUAUAUAUAUAAAUAUACACUAUAUUGCCAAAAGUAUUCGCUCACCUGCCUUGACUUGCAUAUGAACUUAAGUGACAUCCCAUUCCUAAUCCAUAGGAUUCAAUAUGACGUCGGUCCACCCUUUGCAGCUAUAACAGCUUCAACUCUUCUGGGAAGGCUGUCCACAAGGUUUAGGAGUGUGUUUAUGGGAAUUUUUGACCAUUCUUCCAGAAGCGCAUUUGUGAGGUCACACACUGAUGUUGGACGAGAAGGCCUGGCUCUCAGUCUCCGCUCUAAUUCAUCCCAAAGGUGUUCUAUCGGGUUGAGGUCAGGACUCUGUGCAGGCCAGUCAAGUUCAUCCACACCAGACUCUGUCAUCCAUGUCUUUAUGGACCUUGCUUUGUGCACUGGUGCACAGUCAUGCUUUACACCACUGCAUCCGACGCUUUGCAUUGCACUUGGUGAUGCAUGGCUUGGAUGCAGCUGCUCGGCCAUGGAAACCCAUUCCAUGAAGCUCUCUGCGCACUGUUCUUGAGUUAAUCUGAAGGCCACAUGAAGUUUGGAGGUCUGUAGCGAUUGACUCUGCAGAAAGUUGGCGACCUCUUCGCACUAUGCGCCUCAGCAUCCGCUGACCCCGCUCCGUCAGUUUACGUGGCCUACCACUUCGUGGCUGAGUUGCUGUCGUUCCCAAACACUUCCACGUUCUUAUAAUACAGCUGACAGUUGACUGUGGAAUAUUUAGGAGCGAGGAAAUUUCACGACUGGAUUUGUUGCACAGGUGGCAUCCUAUCACAGUUCCACGCUGGAAUUC